UAUCACACAUAUCACCAUCAAAGAGCAAUCGCAUCAAAAAAUUUCCAACUCAAAUCGUGAUCUUAAAACCCUAACCCUAACUCCGACGUAACAAAAUGCAGAAACAACCACCGUAUACGGCGGAUUCCGGCGACAUACCAAACCUCGCAAACAUCAAAAUCAAGUGUUCAUCACCGCGUUUUCCACCACCUACAACAACCGCAACUGAAACACCUACCGCCGGUGCGAAGCGCAAAAUUGGGAUCGCCGUUGAUCUAAGUGAUGAAUCAGCUUUCGCCGUUAAGUGGGCUGUUAAUAACUACCUCCGUCCAGGUGACGCUGUUAUCCUUCUCCACGUCCGCCCUACCUCCGUCCUUUAUGGUGCUGAUUGGGGUUCCGUUGAUCUCUCCAUCGUCGAUACUGAAAACGAAGAGUCUCAGAAAAAGCUCGAAGAUGAUUUCGAUGCGUUUACUAGUGCUAAGUCUUCUGAUUUGGCUCAGCCACUUGUUGAGGCACAAAUUCCAUACAAAAUCCAUAUUGUGAAGGAUCAUGAUAUGAAAGAGAGGUUAUGUCUUGAGGUUGAGAGGUUAGGGUUGAGCGCGGUUAUUAUGGGAAGUCGAGGAUUUGGGGCGACGAAAAGAGGAAAUGAUGGGAGGCUUGGAAGUGUUAGUGAUUAUUGUGUUAGGCAUUGUGUUUGUCCUGUUGUGGUUGUGAGAUAUCCUUAUGAGAAGGACGGUGGAAAUGCUGCUCAUAAGCAGGUAGUUUCUGUGGCUUCCGAGGAGGAAGGCGAGUACCAUGAUGCUUCUGAUGGUCAUCAAGCAGGAUUACAACCAGCAAUAGAGAAAGGCUCGAGAACUGACAAAUGACUUAGAGUUGCUUUAGAAGUGCUUUGAAGAGACAAUAAGCGAAAGAUCCCCGGCGGAAGUUGGGUUAAGCAAUCCUUUUGCUGCAAAAAGUUUGAGCGACUUGUGCGAGAACCACUUGGUGUUUUGUUAUAUCUGGAGUCUCAUCUUUCUGUAACUGAAUUGUGGUUGCUCCUCUCUCUCACUUCAUCUUGUUGCAGUUUGCUAGCUGAUGUUGUAUCUCUGACAUUGUCAUCUUCAUAGAGUUUCACUUAAUGUGUUUGUGAUCUUUGUGGUGCAAUCUAAACUAUUUCAAGACGUAA